UUAUUUUCAGUGGAGCAGCAGCUUAGAGGUGGAUAAAGUUCGUCUCCACGCUGGAAGUGAUAGAAAGUAUUCUCGGUUUUCGGGCCCGUCUCCGGUUGUUUAGGGAAGCAGGAACUGUGGAGGAGAAGCCUCGCGGGCUGUAAACACCGCCGGCCCGCCACGGGAAGCCGCUGCUCUAGCUGUCGAUGAGCGCUCGGCCCACGAAACAAAAGUUUUCUCCGGACUCAAACUUGUCAAGUGAGUUGAACUUCAACAAUAGACGGCCUCGGCCGCGGCGCAGCGGACGGAUCGUCCCGGGACGCAUGUAAACAGCGGAUUCUGGACUUUACUCUCCCGCAGAAGAAACCUCCCUCGCUCAGGGCGAUCCAAACUUUAUGUCCAGGAAAAUGGAAGCGACAUUCUACGACGAAGCCGUGAAUGCCUCCAACUCUCAGCGCGACGGGGCGGCGGUGUACGGGUUCAACCCCAAAACCCUCAAACAAACCAUGACCCUGAACCUCAACGACCCAAAACUUCAAGCCCCAGCUGGCGCCAAGGCCCUGGACAUCCUGACGUCCCCCGACGUGGGUUUGCUGAAGCUGGCCUCUCCGGAGCUGGAGAGGCUGAUCAUCCAGUCCUGCACCGGGCUGACGACGCCCACCCCGACGCAGUUCAUCUGCCCCAAGAACAUCACCGACGAGCAGGAGGGCUUCGCCGACGGCUUCGUGCGGGCGCUCGCGGAGCUCCACUACCAGCAGCAGGUCCCCGCCGCGCACCCGGACGCGCACCGCGCCACCGUCACCAUCGCGUGCGGCUCCGCUGCGCCCGAGAGCGGCGGGAUCCCGUACAGCUGCACGGUGCGCCCGGAGCCGCCGGAGUACACCAACCUGAGCGCGUUCCCCCGGGCGGGGAGCUCCGCGGCCGCACCUGCCGGCGAGAGGCUCCCACCUGCCGGCUACCACGCCGCGCCGCAGCCGCCCCACAGCCACAUGGACCCCCAGCUGGGCGCGGCGCAGCACCCGCUGCACGCGCUCAAGGAGGAGCCCCAGACGGUGCCCGAGAUGUCCGAGACCCCCCCGCUGUCGCCCAUCGACAUGGAGAGCCAGGAGCGCAUCAAAGCCGAGAGGAAGCGCAUGAGGAACAGAGUCGCCGCGUCCAAAUGCCGGAAAAGGAAGCUGGAGAGGAUCUCGCGGCUGGAGGACAGGGUCAAAAAUCUGAAGAGCCAAAACACAGAGUUGGUUUCCUCCGCGAACAUCCUCCGGGACGAGCUGGCCCUGCUCAAGCAGAAGGUCAUGGACCACGUGAACAGCGGCUGUCAGCUCAUCUUGACGCAGCAGCUCCAGGCGUACUAGACGCAGGGG